AAAAUGAAAGCAUUUUGGUCAAGGUUACUCAUCUUAGGGAUCAUCACAGCUGCAAUCUACUACAUAACUCACAUGGAAUACUUUGAAUACAGCACUUGCCACAGAUUUGAUCCAGAAACCGAUACUGAAAAAACAUUGCUUAAUAAAGUCAACGAUGAAAUACAUCUGCCUAUUAAUCAGCUCACAAACACGAGAUUUUUCAAAUAUUUCAGAGCGAAUACACUAUCCAGCUGCCCCUUUUGGGAGGCAGAGAUGGACUGAAUUACCAAGAAAUGUGUCGUUGAGAACGUAGAUACAAAGGAACUCGAGAAAGACUGGAUCGAAGGCAGUAAUACUUAUUCAAUUAGCAAAGCCAUCGCUCAACCACUUUCAGAUGUACCCCCAGAAUUUGAGGAAGGAUCUCCUAAUCAAUGGAUGUCUUUGGAGGACGAAGAGUUCCCUUUUGCAGAUUUAUCGCUUAGUAAAGAGGAAGCUACCGGCUAUAAUGGAAGUGAUAUAUGGAUCAAAAUACACGAGGAAAGCUCUUCAAACAAUGGUCCAAUGGAGAGAAUAUUUAGCGGGCUACACGCUUCCAUCGGCAUGCAUAUAUCUCAAUACUACGCUCCAUUUCGCUCGGAUGAUCAUUAUCCUAACCACACAGAUUUCAAUAGAAGAGUAGGAUUUCAUAAAGAGAGGUUAUCUAAUAUGUUUCACUUAUACCAUUUCAUCUUGUCAGCUUACAACAGGCUAAGAUUGGAUAUGACUGCUAAUAAAUUCGAUUAUGCUCCCCAAAACCAAACAGAAAAUGACCUCGUUAAAAAGGCAAUGAACAAAUUCGACUCUGUAUUCACUUCUACAAAAUUUGUGGCAUUCCCUGAAGAGUUAUUGGGUGAAGAUAGACAGGAGUUUUUCGAAGCCCAAACAGAACUAUUCAAUUCAAUUUCAAAGUAUAUUGACUGUAUUACUUGUGAGAGAUGUAAACUUCAUGCGAAACUACAGCUCUCUGGACUAUCAGCAGCCUUGAAGAUAAUGUACCCACAAACUAAUCUUGAAGAGCUUUCGAGAAACGAAAUAGUUGGAUUUUUCAAUCUCAUCAGAAAAGUCUCGAACUCUAUUGACUGGUUCAAGUGGAUGGUAACACUAUAGGUAUCAGAAAUGGAUUAGUUUCGAGGACACCACGAUGUACAACAAGCAGAUUAUGCUUUAUAUCUUUAUUGCCAUCCUUAGCCUCUUAGGUCUUGGUUUGUUUAUUAUUGCUGGACUCAUGGACCAGUCAAUCAAGAAGACAAAGAAAUACAAAGAAUAUCA